UGCAGAGUUGCUGCUGUGAGACGCUGCAACCAUGGCUGCUACCGGAUCUUUCCGCAUGGUGUCUGAGGACGAGCAGGCCAUGAGGGCAAAGCUGGAGCACCUGACAGUGAAGGAUCAUGGUCCGGUGUUUGGACCGUGCCACAAACUGCCGGGACACACAGUGCAGAAGGCGAAGGACGAGCUGAACGAGACGGAGGAGCGGCGGGCGUCCUCCCUGAAGGACCUGAGGGUCAUGAUGAAGGAGAGGGCGGCCGAAGGAGACGACCUGGCCAAACUGGUGCUGGACAGAUUCGGGGACAAACCCGACUCUCUGAUGCUGCGCUUCCUCAGAGCUCGCAAGUUUGACGUGGUCAGAGCCCACGAGCUCAUGAAAGGCUACGUGCGCUUCAGGAAGGAGUAUCCGGAGCUUUUCGAGAACCUGACCCCCGAGGCGGUCCGCAGCACCAUCGAGGCCGGUUACCCCGUGGUCCUGCCCAGCAGGGACAAGUACGGCCGCGUGGUCCUGCUCUUCAACAUCGACAACUGGGACCUGGAGGAGAUCACGUUUGACGAGAUCUUGAGAGCGUACUGCGUGAUCCUGGAGAAGCUGCUGGAGAACGAAGAGACCCAGAUCAACGGUUUUGUCCUGAUUGAGAAUUUCCGGGGUUUCACCAUGCAGCACGCCUCGGGAAUCAAACCGGCCGAGCUGAAGAAGAUGGUGGACAUGCUGCAGGACUCCUUCCCCGCUCGGUUCAAGGCCGUGCACGUCACCCACCAGCCCUGGUACUUCACCACCACGUACAACGUGGUCAAACCCUUCAUGAAGAGCAAGCUGCUGGAGAGGGUGUUCGUUCACGGCGACGAGCUGGAAAACUACCUCAAAGACUUCGAUGCGGACAUCCUGCCCACGGAUUUUGAUGGGAAAGCCGCCGUGAUCGACCACCAGGCCGUCGCCACCAAGCUGUUCGGCUCGGAAGACACGGCUCUGUGA